AAGAAAGGAACAAUUGAGGGUUACUCCAACCUUUGACCCAGGAAAAAGCCAAAAAAACAGACAACAGUCACAUCACAUGACAUGCCCCAACAUGUAUAAAACUCCCCACCUCAUGUGAUGUACUGAUGUGGUUUGAGCCAGCGAACACCAAAACGGCAAAACCACUUGUUCUCCACCACAGCCAUCACGUAAUGAAACCCGACGAGCAAGUCACCACAACUAUUCCACCAAUCCCCCUUCGAUGUUCGCGCGGGCACGCCAGAUUAUGCUGAUCAGCGCCUGCAGCUGCCGGCUCCGGAGGCCAUGUAGCCGCUUCCUCUUUCUGCUCCUCUGCUCGCCCCUUCUUUUGCCCUUCCUCUGCGCCACUUUCCCAAUCCUCUGCGCCGCCGAAGUCUGCAUACGCCUCUGCAGGCGACGAAGAAAGGAGUUGCUGAUCAAAGAAGAAGCCGAGCCUCUGCGUCGGUGCGAGGAGGGUUUGUGCGUUUGUGGCGGCGAUCAAGGGGAAGACGAAGUCGGUUUGCUUCAAAGGUAUUUGGAAGAUCAAUUGGUGCUCGUUCGAUCUGUGUACGAUUGUGGUGAUGAAUUUGAUGAUCCAAAUGUUGAUGGCAGUCCUCUUUUGGGUUGAUUAUUGUACAGGUUAAUUAUGUGUAAAAUCACAUUAGUUAUCGUUUUUCUGUUCUUUUUUUUUUGGAUUUUAGCAUUUUUAGUAUUUUUCUUCUUUUUACUGAAGCAAACACAUUUUCACCACUCAU